AUGCUCGCGCCGGUUUCGCAAACGGAGCGGGGGGCUUGCCAAGCGGGCAAGCAGAGAGGGGCAAGGGAUCCGCUGCUCAGCUGCUCAGCCGCUUGGCCGCCUGCACCUCGCCUGCCUUUUGGCUCGGCGUGCAGCCGGGUACAUGGGCAGGCGGGCGCAACGGGGGAGCAAGAGAGAAGCAAGCAGCUAAGCAAGCCAGGCCAAGCAGCCAACGUAGGCCAAGAAGGCAUGGCAGGCAAGCAGAGGAUGGGCGUCGCCUCGAUGAAGGCAGCGAAAAGGGGCUGCUGGCCUGACGAGGUCGUUAACGGCCCGCCUGCCUGGCUGCGUGAAGCGUAG